CGUUGUUUCCUAUGUUUAAUGUUCAUGGUGCUAUUUAGAUAAGGGCGUUAAAUAUAUUGCUAGGUACUGAAGCAAUGGAGAAAUCUGCCGAAAAAGCACAGUGCAGCCAUGUUGACCUCAUCAUCAGACGUGGCAGGGUGAUUAAUUCUGCCAGCAGCAUGGACCGCAUAGCAGACGUCGCGGUGAAAAAUGGACAGAUCUUUGCAGUGGGAGAAAACCUUCGUCUGACCGCUGACGAAGAAUUUGACGCCUCUUCUUGCAUUGUGACACCAGGGCUGAUAGAUCUCCACGUUCAUUGUUACCAAUAUGCCACGCCCUUGGGAGUAAAUGUAGACGAAAGCGCCGUGGCUAGGGGUGUAACCACUGUCGUUGAUGCGGGGAGCGCAGGUGCUACCACAUUCCAAGGUUUACGGAAAUAUGUUGCAGAGAAAAGCAAGACCAGAGUUUAUGCCUUCCUCCACAUUGCUGCCCAUGGCCUUGCUUCAGCUGGUUGCAGUGGACAUGGCCAAGGAGGGGAAUGUGAUUCCCUUAACCAAGUUGAUCCAGAGCUUUGUUUGGAAUGCAUUGAGGAAAACCGUGACAUUAUAGUAGGUGUCAAGGUUAGGCUGUCAGCAGAUGUAGCUAAUGACGGAGCAUAUGAAGAAGAGGUUUAUGUGCGGGCGUUGGAAGCAGCUAAGAAAGCAGGAGUUCCCCUUAUGGUGCAUCACGCAUUUUCUACAAUUCCAACAGAAUCAGAUGGUGGGGAUGGCCUCUCCGCGCCCGGAAGCAUGCAUUUUGGUGACAUCUACACACACAUGUACCACGGCUUUCCUAACACCAUCAUUGAUAUAAAAACCAAGCGCGUCUGUGACUCUGUCAAAGAAGCACGUAACCGUGGUGUCUUAUUCGACCUGGGCCAUGGACUGGGGUCAUUCAGUUGGACGGUGGCUGAAUUAUGUGCCAAAGAGAGCUUUUGGCCGGAUAGCAUCAGCUCAGAUUUGCAUACGGGUAACUGUCACGGUCCAGCUCACGAUCUUCCCUUCAUCAUGACCAAGCUUCUUCAUGUCGGAAUGCCGCUACCGUACAUCAUCAAGGCAGUCACUGCAGCACCAGCUAACGCUAUUGGGAAGAGCAACGUGAUCGGGUCUCUGAUGGUGGGACGUGCAGCUGAUAUUACCUUACUGAAGAUUGAGGACUGUGAUUUGCAGGUCGAAGACUGUCAGUCUCAGAUUCGGCAUGUAACCAAACAGAUUGCUCCCGAGGCUGUGUGGAGGGACGGGAAACGGCAUCCAAUCACCAGGGUCAACUAUAGGAUCAGUAUGCAUCAGUUCUAUGAGCAAGCAAAGGAUUGGCCGCGUCUGCACGUCCAUGACGAGUGCCCACCUUGUCCCCCAGGAAACCGCGAUGCUGCACAUGAAUUCCUCAAGACAAUCUAAUCAAAUUAUAUAUUAUCUAAUUAAUUAAUUAUAAAUAUUAUAUAAUCUAACUAUAUAUAUUAUAUAACUCAUUUACUAUGUUCUUUGCUGCUACCCUCAUACAGGAAGACACACCGAGACCAUACUGAGUGCCUUGUAUUAGAUGAUAGAGUCGCUGAGAAAGGGUUAAAUAAUGUAUAAAUGGAUGUUGAUUAAAUGCAACCAUUUCCCUUGAAGCUGUGCACAAUCCAGGGUACCGCCCUGCAGCGGUAUUUCAACAUAAAUACCAUCUUUCUUUGAUCUCCCUGCCAGUGGUCACAUCACAUGACCUGAUGACUUUCAAGAUAGCGUUUGAAUGUAUCCGCCGUUGGCAUGGCAACAGUUUCUAGAAUAGAAAUAAUCGCAUGAGUUGGUGUCCUAGGGUUGGUGUGGUAUGUGGAUUAAAGGAAUACUUAAAGCUGAACUGACCCAUUUUAAAGAAAAUUUUCAGCCUUGUCUGACGGUAGUAUAUAAAGAAUGAAACCCUUCAGAAUAAAUGAGUCAAAUUAAAUGAGUCAUAUAUUAAUGGCUUAAGGAAUUGAUGCUGACUGUAAAUUAUGGUUGUCUCACCAAACCGUGAGGGGUGGAGCUAAAAUGUAUACCUCGGUUUUGGGCAAAAUGACAGCUUUACCAAAAGUCUGAUGAGACUGUGAUCGAGGUAUCACUUUCUGUUCUAAAACACCUCAAACUAAACAAUGAAAUGGGAUUUUGACUGUCUUUAUGAUAUCGCUGAUAGUUCCUAUAGCUCUCAGGAAAACUAAUGAGGCAGUUUGGAUGUUACCAUGACAACAGUAUAAUGCUGGGAGUCAUUCGCGGAUCUGUUAUACGGAGUUGUUGGUUUGAUAAGCGGUUUCACGGAUGUGUGGGAACGGUACCAGUUGGAGCAUCUGCAUUGUGUUGUGUAAGAAAUGCUUGAAGACCUGGGUAAGCCAACUGUAAAUGGUCAAAUUUCAAUGCCUCUGUUUUUUUUGUUUUUUUUAAAUUAAUUGAAAAAUAUACUAUGGCGAUUUAAAUGGUUGCAAAUCGUGGUUAUUCGCAAAAAAUGUCUCAUUACAGUGUUUGGUUUGGUUCACUGCUCCAUUAUAGAACCACGCUUGUGGUUUCUGUCUAUAUGUAUAUCACAUCAUAAAUAAAUCAUCGAUAAGGAGUUGAU